AUCGAUGAUUAAUAACGAUAAAUGAACGAAUUUGUGGAAUAAAAACUGCAAAUGGAUACCUAGGCGGGCUGUGGAACAGUUUUCGCGCCUUUUUGUAACGAUUUCCUGGAUUGCAGCGGCCAUUGGAAGCGGUACCCGACUCGCAGACACGCUGGGAAUCGCAUGAACCGAAGAGAGUUCCUCUCAUUCCUGCAGUUUCUCCAUCUCAGCCUGGACGGGAACAGAGUAAGUGAUCCUGAGGGAUUCAGACUGGCCGUUCCUGGCCAUCUCCCGCUGACAGGGCUUCCCAAAGGACCACCUCACACUCCCAUAAUGGAAAUAGGUGCAUGACACAUUAUGGAACUUCCAGAGACAUUAAACAUCAGCAUCUUCAAACUUGUUUCAGUCUUCCAUCUAAUUUUGGUGUGCAGAGGGGCUUUGUAUGCCAGACCUGGUACUGUCACUAAUGCUGCUGCAGGACAAACCGUGAUGUUCCCCAUAGAGCACCAAAGCAACGAAGAUCAGUACGAUGUUACCUUUAGAUUAACAUUUCCACAGCUCUUUAACAUUUUCAUAUGGACAUCCAAUAAUCCAGACAAUCUGCAUAUUGUGCAUCCACACUAUAAACACAGAACUACAAUCAAAAAUGGAUCGGUGGUGUUAUAUGAUAUGCAAGUUAGUGACAAUGGAGAGUAUCAAAUACGAACCGACUACUAUGGGGUAGAACUGAAAAACCAUGAUCAAAGUACUUUCACGAUUCAAGUCUUUGAACCAGUUUCUCAGCCUGUAGCAAAGACUUUCAGUCAUGGUCAGAAUGCACCAAAUAUCACUUUGAAUUGCUCCGUCUCCAAUGCAAAGGCAGUCAUGAUUUACUGGGAGAAAAUAUCCUUUUCUGGAGUUAUCAUCGAGACGUAUACAAACUCAAGUCUUGUGGUAGACUGUGCUACUGAAGAUGAACAAUAUGAGUACAGGUGCAUUGCAAAAAAUCCCAUCAGUAAUGCAUCCAGCAGUGAGAUAUCUAUCAACUCGUGUAACACCAGAAAUCUGAACGAUAAAAGGAAUUAUCUUAUGAUCCUGAUUCCUUUGGUGAUGAUGAUGAUGGCAAUUUCAUUGUUGGCUUUUGCAAAAUGCUUCCCUAAUCAGUAAGUGUCACUGCUCAGGUUAGUAUGAC